UCCAUUUAAACCCUCUAACAUCAAUAGUGAAAAUAUAAGUCAAAUUAUAGCCGCCUUUUUCUCCCAAUUAUGGCCAGUGAUAGUACUGUGGUGCCACUUCUAACAUCAAGAGUGAACAAUCACGAAGAUGAUGAGCUUCAUAGCCCAAUAUUGAGACCAGUUUCACAUGGUUCAGAUGACAUCAACGAAAUUAAUGGAGUUAAAGAUUUCGUUCGAGAGUUUUCAGCAGAGUCGAAAAAACUAUGGUACCUUGCUGCUCCAGCCAUUUUCACUUCCCUUUGCCAAUACUCAAUUGGUGCCAUAACUCAAGUAUUUGCUGGUCAUGUUGGUACCAUUCAACUUGCUGCUGUCUCCAUUGAAAACUCUGUCAUCGCUGGUUUUUCUUUUGGCAUCAUGUUGGGAAUGGGAAGUGCAUUGGAGACGCUAUGUGGACAAGCCUUUGGAGCAAAACAACUAGAAAUGCUCGGAACUUAUAUGCAACGGUCUUGGAUAAUCCUCACCUCUACAGCUUUAAUUCUACUGUUCCCUUAUAUUUUUGCCACGCCACUUCUCAGAUUCAUCGGUCAGACUUCCAAUAUAUCGAAGUGGGCAGGUACAUUUGCUGUAUGGAUGAUUCCACAACUAUUCGCGUAUGCACUAAACUUUCCCAUCCAAAAAUUCUUGCAAGCUCAGAGCAAGAUCAUGGUGACAGCCGUUAUAGCGGGGUUUGCUCUUGUUGGACACACUUUGUUUAGUUGGCUGUUGAUGCUCAAGUUAAGGUGGGGACUUGUGGGUGCGGCGGUGGUGCUGAACAGUUCAUGGUGGUUCUUAGUGGUGGCUAAGUUGGUGUACAUAUUCAGUGGGGCUUGUGGAGAAGCUUGGUCUGGAUUUUCUAUGAAGGCUUUUCAAAAUCUUUGGGAAUUUGUUAAACUAUCUUUUGCAUCUGCUGUCAUGCUCUGCUUAGAGAUAUGGUACUUCAUGGCACUAAUUCUUUUUGCUGGAUACCUCAAGAAUGCUGAAGUGGCCGUCGAUGCAAUUGCUAUUUGCAUGAAUAUCCAAGGGUGGACAGUUAUGGUAGCGAUUGGAUUCAAUGCCGCAAUAAGCGUAAGGGUGUCAAAUGAACUAGGAGCAGGGCAUCCAAGAAGCGCGAAAUUCUCAGUAAUUGUAGCUUCCAUCACUUCUUUAUUAUCCGGCAUCUUCCUCUCGAUGAUUCUACUCGUUUGCCGGAGUUGGUAUCCUCCUUUCUUUUCAAACAAUGAACAAGUACAACAACUUGUCUAUCACCUCACUCCUAUCUUAGCAACCACCAUUGUUAUUGGAUGUCUUCAACCUACUCUUUCUGGGGUGGCUAUUGGAGCAGGGUGGCAAGCUUAUGUUGCAUAUGUGAACAUAGCUUGUUACUAUUUGUUUGGUAUUCCAAUAGGUCUCAUACUUGGCUUCUUCUUUGACAUUGGCGUUAAGGGAAUUUGGUUUGGGAUGCUUGCAGGUACGACUGUUCAAACUGGCGUGUUAAUCAUGAUGAUCCUUCGAACUAAUUGGAACAAGGAGGAUAAAACAAUGGGGAGGAGAUUCAGAGGCCAAAAAAUGAUGAAGAUCUUAUUAACUGAUCGACUAUAUACGAUAGAAGAACGAUGUUUUGUUCGUUUCAGUCAUGAAUGUUUGUCUAAUUGCUUAGUUUACUGGAAAAACUAAUAAUAAGUUUUUCACCAUGAAAAGCAAGGGAAGAAACCAAAAAGUUUCUUAUCACAUUUUAUUUUAUGUGUAUAAGUUAGAAUCAGUUAUAUGAAUUUGUGAUAUCCAAUUUGAUUCAUUUGAA